UCGAAAAACUAAGUUUCAAAACCCCAAAUCAGACAACACAUUGCUGCGCACAACACAAGAUCUGGAACCCUAAUCUGUUCGCCAUCGUCGGUCGCUCGUCUGUAAUUCAUCUCUCUCUCUCUCUCUCCCUUGCGUAUUCGCCGAGUUUCUGUUGAUUGCUGAUAAGACAAAACAUUUCCAUGGGAAAGAAAAAAGUCGAUGAGAGUGGAGUGGUGGCCAAGGGUAAGGCCAGCAAAGAUUCCGCCAAAGAUGGGAAGAAAGAAAAGCUCUCUGUGUCAGCCAUGCUUGCCAGCAUGGACCAGAAACCUGAUAAAGCCAAGAAAGGAUCAGCAUCCUUGAGCUCUGGUUCUAGUAAGCCCAAAGCAAAAGCACCUGCUAAAGCAUCUUAUAUGGAUGACAUUGAUCUCCCUCCUUCAGAUGAGGAUGAUGGUGAUUAUGACUUUGGAGAAGAGCAACAACAGAAUGAUGCCCAUAAGUCUGGCCGGCAGCAGAGAGGUGAGGCUAAGUCUCUUGACAUCUCUAUAACUGAUAAAGAGUUGAAGAAACGGGAAAAGAAGGAAAUGCUAGUUGCCCAAGCUGCUGAGCAGGCCAAACAGGAAGCCCUAAAGGAUGAUCAUGAUGCCUUUACAGUUGUUAUUGGUAGCCGUGCAUCUAUUCUGGAUGGUGAAAAUGAAGCCGACGCUAAUGUGAAAGAUAUAACUAUAGAUAAUUUUUCAGUGUCAGCUCGUGGAAAAGAACUUCUGAAGAAUGCAUCAGUGAAGAUAUCUCAUGGGAAGAGGUAUGGAUUGGUUGGACCUAAUGGAAAGGGAAAAUCUACCCUAUUGAAGCUCCUAUCUUGGAGAAAGAUUCCAGUUCCAAAAAAUAUAGAUGUGCUUUUAGUUGAACAAGAGGUAGUUGGUGAUGAUAAAACUGCCCUUGAAGCAGUUGUUUCAGCUAAUGAGGAGCUCAUCAAUCUCCGACGUGAGGUUGCAUCUUUACAAGAUGCAUCAUCUGCUGCUGAGUUUGAGGAUGGAAAUGAUGAUGGCAAUGGGGAUGAUGCUGGAGAGAAACUUGCUGAAUUGUAUGAAAAGUUGCAGCUGAUGGGGUCUGAUGCUGCUGAGUCUCAGGCAUCAAAAAUUCUUGCUGGUUUGGGUUUCACCAAAGAAAUGCAGGGCCGCCCUACCCGGUCAUUUAGUGGUGGCUGGAGGAUGAGAAUUUCAUUAGCUAGGGCACUUUUUGUGCAACCAACAUUAUUGUUGUUGGAUGAACCAACCAAUCAUCUUGACCUACGGGCUGUUCUCUGGUUAGAGGAGUACUUGUGCCGCUGGAAGAAAACUCUUGUUGUUGUCUCGCAUGACCGUGAUUUCCUUAAUACAGUGUGCAACGAGAUUAUUCACCUCCAUGACCUGAAACUCCACGUGUACCGUGGGAAUUUUGAUGAUUUUGAAAGUGGUUAUGAACAGCGCAGAAAAGAGAUUAACAAGAAAUUUGAGAUUUACGAAAAGCAGGUCAAAGCUGCUAAGAGGUCUGGGAAUCGGGUUGAGCAAGAGAAAGUCAAGAAUCGAGCUAAGUUUGCAGCUGCCAAAGAAGCAUCAAAGAGUAAGGCAAAGGGAAAGGUUGAUGACGAUGAACCCUUGCAGGAGGCCCCUCAAAAGUGGAGAGAUUACACCGUUGAGUUUCAUUUCCCUGAACCCACUGAGCUCACACCCCCACUUUUGCAGCUAAUUGAAGUCAGCUUCAGUUAUCCAAACCGGGAGGAUUUUAGGCUCUCUAAUGUUGAUGUUGGUAUUGAUAUGGGUACUCGUGUUGCUAUAAUUGGUCCAAAUGGAGCUGGGAAAUCUACUUUGCUAAAUCUUCUAGCUGGGGACUUGUUCCCAGCUGAGGGUGAAGUAAAGAGGAGCCAAAAAUUGAGGAUUGGGAGAUAUUCACAGCACUUUGUUGAUCUUCUAACAAUGGGUGAAACACCAGUCCAGUAUCUUCUUCGGCUUCAUCCUGAUCAAGAAGGAUUGAGCAAGCAAGAGGCUGUCCGUGCAAAACUUGGGAAAUUUGGACUCCCUAGCCAUAACCACCUCACGCCCAUUGCAAAAUUAUCUGGUGGUCAGAAAGCUCGUGUCGUUUUCACUUCAAUCUCCAUGUCAAAGCCACACAUUUUGCUAUUGGAUGAGCCCACAAAUCACUUGGAUAUGCAGAGUAUUGAUGCACUGGCUGAUGCACUUGAUGAGUUCACCGGUGGAGUUGUCUUGGUAAGCCAUGAUUCGAGAUUAAUAUCACGGGUUUGUGAAGAUGAAGAGACGAGCCAGAUUUGGGUGGUUGAAAAUGGAACUGUGAGGACCUUCCCUGGUACUUUUGAGGAAUAUAAGGAAGAGCUACUAAAGGAAAUCAGAGCAGAGGUUGAGGAUUAAAAUGGCCUACAUGACAACAUAGGAAUAGGUCUGAAAACCAAGCCUAGUAGCCAUUGUCAGGAAGAACAUAAUCCAGAUAACCAAACCAUCAAGAAGAAUCUCUUACCUUGUAUGAUUUUGGCUGAUAUUUGUUGAAACAAUUUUCCAUGGAGAAUCUUUUGGCUGAGUUUUUUCUUUUUUAUAGUUAUUAUUGUUUUCUCCUUCAUAUAUGUAUACCCUGAUGUACAAAAGCAUACUGGUUUUCUAUAGACAAACCAAAAAUAAUUGAUACUAGUCUCUCUCCUUC